GUUGCUUUGUGUGGUGUUGCGGUUCUGAGCCGGAAGCGGAAAUCGAGGGUUCAAUUAUCAGCGGUACUCAACCUACUUUACUUUACAUGACCCUGCUUGCUAUAGAAAUGAGCAUUCAGAUUUCCACGCCGUGACCUCAACUUCAACGCAACGUCAUUAUUCACCCAACACCAUACACGAUUCCUACCACGAACGCGUCACUCCUCAUCUCAAACAUCAAAUAUCAACAACUUUCAUAUUCCAUGGCACCAAAACGUCAGCGGGCGCCAACGAGCCCCAUCGAGAGAGCCAACCGCAAGACCGAUGAAGAGUUCAUCUCCGACUAUCUUCAACCAUCCGUAACACCCACAUUGCACCCAUCAUCGCCGGCGCAACCACCACCACCACCACCGAAACCCUGGACGACAAAAUGGCCGCAUCCCAAAACCGGCACCAAGUACGCCAUCAGCCUGGUCCAGUCCGGCAAGCUCAGCGAGGAGGACCUCAAAGCAUGCUUCGACCUGAUCAAAGAGACCAGCUACGACGACUACCAAAACUCAAAAGAUAAAUGGCAGCCCAGGAAGAAAAUGGAGGAAAUGAAGUCACCCGAUCUUCGCUAUGUCCUGGUUAAAGAAGACGGCUCGGACGGUUCCAUCCGUGCUUUCACGUCCUUGAUGCCUACCUAUGAAGAAGGUCAGCCCGUCGUUUAUUGCUAUGAAAUCCAUCUCAAGCCAGAACUGCAGGGCUCCGGACUCGGUUCACUUCUGAUGGGCUUCCAUGUAAUUGUGGCCGCGAACCUGCCUCCGAUCACGAAAGUGAUGUUGACGUGUUUCCUGUCCAACAAGCGCGCCCUUGGCUUUUACAAAAGGCAUGGGUUUGAGACGGAUGACAUUUCACCUGGGCCGAGGAAGUUUCGGUCGGGAAAGGUUGUGAUGCCAGAUUAUGUUAUCAUGAGUAAACCCGUGCCAUCUGAGGACAAGCCAUCUGAGGACAAGCCAUCUGAACACAAGAGGCCCAAGACCGACACAUCUAGAGACCACUCACUGGAAGAUAAAGCAUCGUGAAGACGACAGAUCAGAGCUUGAGCCAUCCUAGAACGGGAAAUCAUAGGCGAGGGAUGCGUUUAAGGAGAUAUCGACUCCGACAAAGGAGUAAUCGUGUUGUCAAGACCAAUCUUUCCUCGCCAGACCGUAGCCUAGAAACAUCAUA